AUGCUACAAGUUUACCUUUUGGAUACACACCUACCGGAGCGGUACAACAUCUACCAGCCGCUAUACAACCCGGAGCGGUACCAUAUCUACCAGCCGCUGUACAACCCGGAGCGGUACCACAUCUACCAGCCGCUGUACAGCCCGGAGCGGUACCACAUCUACCAGCCGCUGUACAACCCGGAGCGGUACCAUAUCUACCAGCAACUGUACAACCCGGAGCGGUACCACAUCUACCAGCCGCUGUACAACCCGGAGCGGUACCAUAUCUACCAGCCGCUAUACAACCCGGAGCGGUACCACAUCUACCAGCCGCUGUACAACCCGGAGCGGUACCACAUCUACCAGCCGCUGUACAACCCGGAGCGGUACAACAUCUACCAGCCGCUGUACAACCAAACUUUAUCGCAGCCUACGCCCCACCAUUGGAUAUUUCACAAUAUGGCGUCCAACCGGACCCAUAUAGCCCCCCUCCCCCUUCCUACGAAAAAGCCAUCGGUGUCGAGGAGACAGAAAUGUAGUUUUGUCUAUUCUACAGAUUUGAUACGAUAAUUUAACAUUACUUAGUAAUACAUUAUACAAAAACAUCACUUACAUUAUAUUGGCAGUGAAAUGUGCACCAAUGUAUGCAGAGGUUAGAUGCCAUAUAGUAAAGGUAAGCGGUGUCCUAAAAGAGAUAAAAUAGUGCCCUCACCACCUCACAGAUUUUUUGCAUGGAAACUACUUAAAAGAAUAGUUCUGAAGAAAAUAAUACUACGUAGAAAAAGUUUUAGAUGAGAACCUGCAACGGUGUAUUUCUAAAAUUCCAAAAGUCAGCCAUUUUACAUUUAUUGACCUACAGCAUUGAACAAAGGGGUGAGAAUUUCCAUUUCUCGAGGCAGUUUUCAGCGUUCAAUGUGUGUAAUCAAGAGAGCAAAAUCAACCAAUAGGAAAGAAAGUUUCAAACUAUGAAAUCAAAGCAAAAAAAUGUACGAUGUUCAAUAAGGGUGUCUAGUUUAGUUCCAUUAACCAUUAUUCGUUACCUUUGUUUAAAAGUAUACUCUAUAUUGUUAAUAAGUCUUAUGGUAUUGUUUCUUUUUAGAAAUGUGACUAUUAUCGAGCUUUUAAGCCAGUUAUUGACAAAAACAGAAUAAAUAGUUUUUUUUUUUGUAAAGCAUACAAAGAAAUUAAAGGCAAUGCUGAAGAUAUUAAAUCUUUUAAUGCCAGAUGAUAGGGUAAGCCUUGUUACGCGUUUUUAUAUCGAGAAUACGUGCGCUAAGUCUAAGUUGAUAUGUUAUGUGUAUUGUAUUGUAUUGUAUAGACUGUUUUACAAUGGGACAUGCACAGUUAGUGCCUCCAAUAGGACAUGCUUCAAUAGGACAUGCUUUAUUCAUUUUUUUUGCUCAUUAUAUCAGAUACGUUGAUCACUUGUCUUCAAUACAGUAUUGAUCGAUACAGGUUUGUGAGUACUAUUAUUUUCAAUUCACAGUUCAGUACGUUGACUCAAUAAUAGGCAUAAUCGUAGUGGGCCAUGGGUUCAUUAACCGAGUGUGGUAAAACUGGUUUGGCAAAACAAAGUCAAUAUUAACCACAUGUCUUUUUCGUUUGUAGCAUUCAUGCACGUGACAUUCUUGUUUUUCUUUAUGUACUCAUACAUGUGUGUGUCAUUGUAAUAGUAUAACGUAUAUUAGUCUUCAUUUACAAUUUCAAAUCGUGGGCCGGUCGGGCAAACUCACCGAACAACACAAGACAGAAGAAAAUAGUCGUAGGCAUUAUUUGUGUAUAUCUUCACGUAUACAUUUUUUUGCCCUAAUAGGGCCCCGGAUUAGAAAAAAAAACGUUAACCAAAAAGAGUUGUUUAUAA